CUGUCCCAGGCUAACCCUGCUCUCUGAAGAUGGAGGAAGUAAAAACAGGAUUACCCUUAGCUACAGAUCCACUGCUUACAGUUUCCAUAACCAACUGCAGUGCCCAAACACACAAGCAUUAGGCACAGAAAGCAAGGGAGAGGAGACACUAAUAAAAACACAAAACAAAAGGGUGAUGGAAGUGAGGCACUGCAUGCACUGCUGAGCACUGCACUUUGACUAUGGAAGCAGAGGCUACUGAUGGAUAUAUAACAUCAGGUGACAAUGAGCUUUCGCCCGAAAGGGAGCACUCCAACAUGGCUAUUGACCUCACUUCAAGCACACCCAAUGGGCAGCAUACCUCACCGAGUCACAUGACAAGCACAAAUUCAGUAAAGCUAGAAAUGCAAAGCGAUGAGGAGUCUGACAGGAAACCUCUAAGCCGUGAAGAUGAGAUCAGGGGUCACGAUGAAGGAAGCAGCUUGGAAGAACCCCUCACUGAGAACAACGAGAUGGCGGACAACAGAAAGAUCCAGGAGCUGUCAGGCGAGGGAGGAAUCCGGCUUCCGAAUGGUAAACUGAAAUGUGACGUCUGUGGCAUGGUUUGCAUUGGGCCCAAUGUGCUUAUGGUACAUAAAAGGAGCCACACUGGUGAGCGCCCCUUCCAUUGUAACCAGUGUGGAGCUUCUUUUACGCAGAAGGGGAACCUGCUGAGGCAUAUCAAGUUGCACUCUGGGGAAAAACCGUUCAAAUGUCCCUUCUGCAGCUAUGCCUGCCGGAGAAGGGACGCCCUCACCGGACACCUCAGGACGCACUCUGUGGGUAAGCCUCACAAGUGUAACUACUGCGGCCGGAGCUACAAGCAGCGCAGUUCACUGGAGGAACACAAGGAACGCUGCCACAACUAUCUUCAGAAUGUCAGUAUGGAGGCUGCUGGGCAGGUCAUGAGUCACCAUGUACCUCCUAUGGAAGAUGGUAAGGAACAAGAGCCUGGGAUGGACAACAAUAUUUCUCUGGUGCCUUUUGAAAGACCUGCUGUUAUAGAGAAGCUGACAAGCAACAUGGGAAAGCGUAAAAGCUCCACCCCACAGAAGUUUGUGGGUGAAAAGAUCAUGAGAUUUGGCUAUCCAGAUAUUCACUUUGAUAUGAACUUAACCUAUGAGAAAGAGGCUGAGCUGAUGCAGUCUCACAUGAUGGACCAAGCCAUCAACAAUGCAAUCAACUACCUUGGAGCUGACGCACUUCACCCCCUGAUGCACCACACACCAAGCACAAUUGCAGAGGUGGCCCCGGUCAUCAGCUCAGCUUAUGCUCAGGUCUAUCAUCCUAGGAUAGAAAGGCCCAUUAGCAGGGAAACAGCUGACAGUCAUGAAAACAACAUAGAUGGCCCUAUCUCCCUCAUCAGACCAAAGAGUCGACCCCAGGAAAGAGAGGCCUCCCCCAGCAAUAGCUGCCUGGAUUCUACUGACUCGGAGAGCAGCCAUGAAGACCGCCAGUCCUACCAAGGAAACCCUGCCUUAAAUCCCAAGAGGAAGCAAAGCCCAGCUUACAUGAAGGAGGACACCAAGGCUUUGGAUGCCACAAAGGCUUCUAAGGGCUCUUUAAAGGAUAUCUAUAAGGUCUUCAAUGGAGAAGGGGAGCAGAUUAGGGCCUUCAAAUGUGAGCACUGUCGAGUUCUUUUCCUAGACCACGUCAUGUACACCAUCCACAUGGGUUGUCAUGGCUACCGGGACCCAUUAGAAUGCAACAUUUGUGGGUAUCGAAGCCAGGACCGCUAUGAGUUCUCGUCACACAUUGUUCGAGGGGAGCACACAUUCCACUAGGCCUUCUCAUCCAAAGGGGACUCUUAUGAAGUAGAAGAACUGCACAUGAAGAAGUACUGCACUUACAAUCCCACUUUUCAUUGACCCACCUUUUGUUGUUGUUGUUGUUGUUUUGUUGUUGCUGUUGUUUAAUUAUUAUUAUUAACCUUAUUGUAUGGACCCAACCUCAGUCUCUCUGCCCAGUUUAAGAAUGGAAGGAAGGAAGGGAAGGGAUGAGAGAGUUUUGUGUUGUUGCUGUCUGUUUUGGUGAUCUGUCUAGCAUAUUUUGUGGGAAUUGAAAGGCAGUCCAUUUCUGUCACAGUUAGCUGUACAUCAUGUCAUAUGUUGGGUAUUGCUCAAUUCUGGUAGCUGCUUUAAAGUCAUAAUGAGUUCCCACCCAACUGUAGAUUAAUAAUUUCAGGCAGAUAGGUAGAAACAUUUCAGAGGAAAGCCCUUUCAAAUGUAUAGCUAUGGUGGGGAAGAUAGGGGGAGUGGGCAAUUGUAUUCUACAGAAUGAACAAUUAUUUUUAAAGCAAAACUUUUAUUUUAGGGAUUUAGGAGCACGAAUCAAAGUCAAUAUUCCUUGCAAAAUUACUUCCAUGGGUGAGCUAUGUCCAUGGCUUCUGUGUUUACUUCCCCGUGGAAUGUAUACAAUAUGUAUGUGUAACACUGUACCACAUAACAAGAGUUUAGUUUCAUAAGUCUUGGGGCCUCCUGUGGUAAGUUUGAGGUUCUGUGAUGUUAUUUUACUUAACUUAUGAAGCACAUUUUUAGAAUUGCUGAUUUGCUGUUAUUCCGUAAUUGUGUUGACUCACUGGCUUCUUAUAGACCACCUAGUAUCCAGACCUAGUUAGUUGCACCAUGUGUUUUUAAGAAACAGCAUUUACAAAUAACAUUUUUUACCUAGCUUCUAGGACAGUAGAUAUCCUAGGAGUGAAUACAAAUUCUGCAGUUUACUCAAGAGGUUCUGCUGCUGUUCUAAAAUAAUUUGGUUUUUAACAUUGCAAAUUUUAAAAUUGCAGAUGUGCUAAUAGCAAAGUGUUCUUUAAAACAUGUAUAUCAAAAACUGUCUCAUCUGAUCAUCUACAGGAUCAGCCUCUCAGCAGCAGCCUAAAGUAAGGCUUACUCCUCGGAAAACGCUGGUGGCCAGUUUAUCAGCUGGCAUUAAUCAUCAGAGCUCUGUUGACUUCAAUGGAAUCCUCUGAGCUACACCAGCUCAGGAUCUGGCCCUAGCUAGCCACCUCUCCAAUGAAUCCUUUGCUUUGUAAUUUGUUGAAUCAGUGACUACCUAGUAUCCUUAAUUCCUCUUUAUUUUUUGGAUAGAAGCCCUUACAGCUCUUGAUGCACCCCUUCUGCUCUAGGAGAGUGUGAAUGCCAUGCGGAAAAACAGUUGCUAAUUUGAUUUGAUAUCACUUCACACUUUAGGAAAAGGGUACAUGAGCUAGAGGCACUAAGGGUAGUUUGAUUUAGUAUAAUUGACACUUACUGCAGGGAAGAAAAAAAAAAAAGCUGGUGUGAUCAGGCCAUUUAAGUACAGACCAAACAAGAACAAUGCCAACUCUUUUUUUCCUUUUCUUUUUCUGACAAUGCAAGACAGACACCCCAGUCAAAAUCCUGUAGGUUGAGUUGAUUGCUCUACAGAAAGUAAGCUUAAACCCAACAUGAAACCCAACUCUUUUUAUAUCAAUCAUUAGUGAAAGUGAACUGCAAAAAUAGAGCUUUAAUCUGGAAACAUUUGCACAAGUGCAUAGCCUUUUUGCACAUGGGUACCUUGGUUGAGUUCAAUGAGAACUUUUCAUAUGAGUAAAGUUACUUAAGUGCAUACGCAAUUGAAGGAUGAGGCCAUAAUGAAUCCCCAUUUGCUCGUUUUGGUCUGUUUUUCUUGUCUUGCCAGACCUACAACAUUAGAAAGUAGGAGCUGAGUGGUAUUGAUUGAAAUCUUUUUAUGGCGACACACUUGGCAGUUAGAACCUGUGUUUUGAAAGGAUACAGUAGAUCAUGGCCAGAUUACCUGAUGACUGUUUCCCGGCACUGAAAUGCUAUUAAGUAGGAGCUGGUAAAGUUUAGCAGUAGCCUAUUAAUUAUAAUACAGUAUGGAUAGAAAUGUCCCCUUAUGUAAUGUGAGAGCUAUCAAGGAUGGGAAAGAAUGGACUUUGAAGAGACAGAUAAAAAGAGCUGGUUCCAACGUUGUCCUUGACGUCUUUUUUUUUUUCUUCCACCCUUAUUAAGUUUGAUACAGAUAAAGCUCAGGCAAGACUAGCUGCCCCUAUUUCUCUCAUUCUCUUGUGCCUGACACAGUCAAAGUAGCUAAUACCCUGCUCAUGACCAUUGAACUCUUUCUUUGACUCCCAGGGUAGUUAUUAAAGGGCAUACAUUCCCCUCUAUUAAUGGGAAAAGAAGGGAACUGCAAUUGGCCAGGGGAUGUGGAAUAGGAUAGCAGUUCCUCCUCUGCCCCACCAUUGCUCUAUAGGGCUGAUCCUCUGUGGCUGUUGAGGUCGUGUGCUGGGGACAGGAUUGGGAGAUAGCUGGAUUCUGUGACCUCUUCUCCAUGAAAACCCAUGGGGAUUACCUUGCCGGAGAUGGCAGUGAUCAAGUUAGCAUUGUGUCCUAUGGGUUCCCCCUUCACACUCUGAAAACCCUACUGUCUGGGCUGGGGGUGGAGGGGGCACAGUUUAGGCACAACCACAAUGGCAUAGUUCCAGAAGCAGCCACAUGCCCGUUGUGGAGAGGGAGGAAUAGGAAGCAGUGCAUUGACAAAGGGAUUACAUCUGGUUGUCCCCAUCCUUUGCCCAUAACCUAAGACCCAUGUGGUUUCUCUCAUGACGUGACCUGUCCCUUGCCUCCUCCACAGAAAGCAAACCGCCUCCCCAGUGUGACAAUUGAGAUGUUCCCUGAAUGGUUUCCUGAACCUGAUGUGGAUUUUCCCUAGCUGUGGUAUGGUCUCCUUUCUUUUAAAAGGUGAUCGUGAAUUCUGCCCAACCAUGACAACUGAUUGGAGAACAAACUAUAAAAUAAAAAGUUCUCGAAGUCACUAGCCCCGUGCAUGGAAAGCAUGGAAAGGCAUUGAGAAAUGGCCUGCCUGAGCUGGCAAGAAUGGAGGAGGUCAAGCCCCUUGCUGCACCUCUAAGGGAGUGCAAACUGCUGUCGCUUCUGUAGGCAGGGUGACAGUGGGCCCCUUGGGGUGGCUAGCACCAGGGCAUAGGAGUGUAAGGAAGGGAAAGGAAUGGGAAGAUCCCUUUGUGUACACACCCUGGAGCUGGCCACAGUCUGACCCAGUAACAGCCCAGUGUUUCUCUUGUCCCUUUCAGUGACCUUAACCCUUUUUUUUUUUUCCUCUUUGCAGUCAAUGCAGUUUAUAUGGUGCUAUUCAAGAAUCACUUGACAGGUCAGUGCAGCUCUGUGAGAUCAACCCCGAGUGCUGCCAUUUUAGAAGCUGUUGCAGGGAGAAGUGCAUAUUGGCAGGCACGCCCCAUGACAUAGCACUAGCCCCUAAUGCCACAGAGAUUCACAGAACAUCUUUGUCAUGCUGGGGUUGUGCAGGAGUGUCAGAGGGACAGCAUGAUUUUAGUCAUCACCUUUUCAUAGCUGCAACUCCUGUCUAGACCAAACAGUUCAAGUUUUGAGUAAAGGUUUGGGCUAAUUCUUAGCAUAAUCAGCAAAUGCAUGUCUAUGGGGGAUUACAGUGAAGAGAGCAGUUCACAGUCAAUAAUGCAGGCUCCAGUUCUGCAAGCUCACAUGCCAAGGAGGACUCCAUGGAGAUUGCAGUGGGGUUCCAUAUGGACUUAUGGGUCUGCCCACAAAUCUGAGCCUGCAGGAUUGGGACCUCAGAUGAUGAUGAAUUUUUCUCUUUUGCUGUUUGCGGAUUUCUAAGAGCAGCUAUUGACUUUAUCAAAUUCAUUGGAUAUUCAAAAUGAGUUACUGAGAAAUUUCAGCAGAUAAGUCUUUGUCUGGGGAUUGUCCACUAGGAGAGAAGUUUGCUCCAAGUAUUUGCUAUUGUUCACUAGCCAUUUGUUCAAAGUACGUGCUAAAACCUAGCUAGUUUUGGGUAGACACGCAGGAUGUGCAUAAGUCUUUUGACUCAAAACUCCAUUCCAAUACUUGGGUUUUAAAAAUUCAGAAUUUGCUUUCUGUGAGCAUUUCCCAUAUUUGCUUACAAAUAGCGUUUUCCUCCAAAUGUCCCUGCCAAUAAACUCUUUACCUAGAUUUGGAAGGGGGAAAAGAGCCAGAUUCAGAUUUGGCCUAAACAGGUGCAAGUUCUGGUCUUGAUAUGACCCAGGGCUGGGUGCUCAGAGCUUUAGUUACAUUUCCGUCCUUCGUUAUGGCUAAUGAGUUUUACUGCCAAAGCCCUUUUCAUUGAAUCCACAACUAAAUAUAUAGGAUUUUUGUAUAAAACCAGCUCUUUACCAUGUACUUAAGGAGAUUAAACCAACUGCAUUCUCCUUAAAAAGUGCUUCCAUCAAUGAAAGAAGAUGUAUCAGCAUUAACCUAUAUUGGGCUCCACUUAGAGAACCUGUUUUUGUAAAUCACCCUGACUCUUACCUGCAGUAUUAGCCUCUCUAACGUUAGGGCGCAAGUCACAGAGUUCAUACACCACCAAGUACAGAAAUAUAACAUUUGUCUAACUCUCCAAAUUGCUGUUUUAAACGUGUGCUUUGCUGGGUAGGGGCUAGAAUGCUCAUUGCGUUGCAGGAUCCAGUCUGAAUGAAAUUCAGUCCUUUGAAAUUGGGCUUUUGUAGGACUUAUGGGGCUGGCCUUCUACAUUUUUCUUAUGGAUGCACAGAAAAAAAAAAAGUGGCCACAAAAGAACAAACUGCUUCUAACUCCAAAAAGUGAUUUAUUCCAGUUGUACCUAAUAGAAGAUUUGCAAGCUGAACUAAGGGCCUGAGUAGCAAUUUUAAGGUUCCGUAGUUAGUUAACUUCCGUUUACCUCACUACUUUGAAGCAACUAUUUCUUGUAAUUUCAUUAAGAUCUUCAGAAAGAAGAAGGGUAAUUUUGUUAGCAGAGUAGGCAAUAUAGCAGACUCUUGCAAAAGUGGCUCUGUUUUAGUUGGCUUUUAUCCUUUUUUGUGUGUUUUGUUUUUAAGUUAACAUCAGUGAUGAUAUGCUGCAUAAAGCAUCAGGAGAUUUAUGAUUCUGAAAUAGUAUAGACACUGUAUCAUGUCAUUCAAAUAAGUUUUAUUGUAUAUGUGCCUUUUUCAAAUGCAUUUUGAAAGCCACUGUUUCAUACCAUAGCCUUUCCCAAUGCAUUUCAAAGAAACACUAAUGUUACAGAGUGGGACAGAGGAAGCUGGGGUUUCCCCUGGAGUAGGAAAAUCCCUAAGUGGUGUAGCUGGCUCUACACGACCUGGGCUUGGGAAAGGGAAGGGGUGUGGAAUUGUCCAGGGCACAGAGUGCUGCGGCAGUCCCCAGCUGGCAGGCAGCACGUGGAUAAUGGCCAUAGUUUAGAAACAGUUCUGACGCUGCUCUAAACAAUGCCAGGGGCCGAGAAAGCUCCCGCCUGCCCCCUGAACCUAAGAGGUUUGGGGCAGAAAGUUGGUGUAAGACCACCUUCCUCCUUUCUCUGCACCCCAUUGCACCAAGGCUGCAGACUUUAGAAUCUAACCCUCUGUGUACUUCAGCGCUGUCUUGCUCAGCAUCAAACGGCGUGAUGGAACGAGAAUAUAUUUUAAAGUAGUGUAUCAUUGCAAAAGUUUGCUUAGCUUGAAAAAAAAUUAAUACAAAAAUAGGGAGGUGGAAGCUUGCGGAUUACGGUGCCACUGCUAUGCCGCUCGUUCAGAUAAGAUGAGAGGAAAACACAACUGCUCUGUGAAAGGCAUUAGGAAAUGUGAUUGGUUUCUCAAGCCAGACGGAGCUGUGUGUCAUAUUAGGGGUUGGAUUAGCAGAAUUCUUUGGUGGAAAAAAUCAGUAUUUUUUGGUACUUGCCUUAUGGGACCGGUGACCUAGUUUUUGACCCAUUCCUGCCACUUUCCCAACAGCUGACCCUGCAUUGCUAUAGGGUUGGAUCCUAGUCCCAGCACACAGCCUGAAUAACUGAAGUGUGCCACAGAGGUCAGCAGGGCAGCCGUCCUUCCAUCAGACCAUAGGGCUUUCCACUGCGGCAAUGGUAGCCUCAGGGAUCUGCAGCCCCUACCUACAUCCCUGCUCCAAAGGGCUGGCAGUUCCCAUUGGAAACAUGUAGACACUGAUCCGCUGAUCUACCCUGGCUCUGCUGCAAAUCUCUCUGUGUGCUGGGACAUAAGCAGGCCCCACACAGAAUAAACACACAGGUUCCCCUGUGGUCAGAACCCUCCACGCUCACAGUGGCUGGGUGGGAGAUAGAUAGAAGAGUUUGACCCAUAGCAAGUAUUUGACCUCUCCUGGAAUGUAAAGUCCCAUCAGGAACUUUCCUGUAGUACUGUAUAAAAAGAAUAUUACUUGGUGUCAUCUGAGCUUCAUGCAGGACUUACAUGAUGCAUUGCUGGGAGGAUGUGAUUUCUUUUCCAAUAUUAAUCACUUAGAAUAUGAAAUGAGCACAAUAGGCUCAUGAGGUGGUAAUCUGCUAACUUUCCUCCACGCCAGGUUAACAACGCUAGGCCAGCGUAACAAUAACAUGAUACCUCUAUAAAUGACUAAAUUGCUAAACCUUUCCCUUGGUAUUCAUGGAAACGUGUGUUCCUGCCUACGACCGUUCACUCGCAGUCUUACAGGGUGGAGAGGAGUAAUCUCACCCAGGCAUUCCAUUUGGGAAUAAAUUCAUCGUUCUCUCCUUAUAUGGGAUCUUUUCCCUUUCAGACAUACCGUAGAACCUAGCUAAUCUGCAUACAAAAAGACUUUCUCAACAAAAAUGUAAUAGUAGCUUGCUGCAGUGAAGUCUAUUGUUACUCAAGCCUUCAAUAUUUUUACAAAAAAAUACUGUGCUAUAUUUACUAGCAUGUUCGGAAGUAUUAUGAAGUCCAAGUAAAUGACAGCUGUCAAGUUAAAUGCUCAAUGCAUGUUCUGAGGCACUUUGGCUCUUUUUUUUCUUUUCUUCUUUUAAAUCAUAUUUGCUCACUUAGGGCCUAAUCCAAAACUCAUUGGGUAUGUCUACACUGCAAUGUAAGCCCAGGGUUAGUAGAAUUCGAGUUAGCAGACUCUGGAUUUAUUAACCUAGGGCUUGAGUGUCUACAAGCAUUUGUAACACCAAGUUAGAAAUGGUUGAACCCUGGGUCCCAAUCUGGGGCUCCAGAAUCUACAUUGCAUUGUGCAGGCUCACGUCCAACCACCAAUACCCCAGAGAUGAGGCAUCCUCCCAAAAUGUGGCUGCUGUACCCCUUUGUUCGUGGUGCAGUGUGGGAAAACUUGCCUGUCUACCAGACUUAACUGACCAAAGGACAAAGAAAGGUAGCCCAUGGGAUUGUGGAAUAUUUUGGCAUACUCCCAGAGCAUGAGUCCAGCGGAGCUGCAUCUACACUACAAAACAAUAGGGCUUGAAGCCUGUUGAUUCAGGCUUGGACCUUCCACCCCCACAGGGUUCUAGGACCCUGAGUUUGAGCCCAGGGUUAGCACAGUUUGUGUGUAGACAGAAGUGGGGGCGGGCUUGAGCCUGAGUUCAAACCCUGGGUUCGCACUGCAUUGUGGACGUACCCAUUGAAGCCAAUUGAAAGGACUCCUUUUGACUCCAGUGGGCUUUGGAUAAAGCCCAUAUGCCUGAGUCCAACAAAACAUUUAAUCACUUGCUUGACUUUAAGCUCCUGAGCAGUCCCACUCAAGUCAAGUGGCCAACUUGUUAAGGACUAAAGUUAAGCAUGUGCUUAAUUUCUUUUAUUGGAUCAGAGCCUUAUUUGCUAACUUGUAAAGUUCAGUCUCUCUCGUUGAGUCUCAGUCACUAGUACAAAUUAGUGAGGUUCUACGGUAAAUACGUAUUCAUUUCAAUUUGUGUCCUAGACUUCACCCCAUCCAUGAAUGACUAGUAGGCUGUACUUUUCAUUGUGAAUCCAAUGUAAAAUAUGUAGGUCUCCCGGCAAAAGCAGAAUCAAGAGCAUGACCCCAUAGUGGGCACUAAGGAGCCAUUUUGCAGGGAAUUGGGCAGUUUAGUUUUACCUCAAAUGACAGAGUAAGAAAAGCUUUGUGAAGGGGUAGAGGUUACUGAAUCCCCUACUAUGCACUUACUGAGAUUUGACAUUACUUACUGGAAAUGGAUGUUCAUUUCUGAACACGCUGUAACAAGGGAAGGACUUUGGGUUAUUUUUGUAGUAGUUCAAACUUCUGAAACUGUGAUCAAUUAUUUGACUAAUUGUCAAGCAUUCUCAGAGCUUGAACAUCUUCACUUCCUGUUUCAUGUAGCAAAGUUUUCUUUGUUGCUUUCUCUUUCUCUCUUCCCCUCCUCCUCCUCUUAGCUUAAAGACUGGGCCAGCUCUUAUCUCUCAUAGCUUUGGGCUGUUUAGUUUAUUAUUAUUUUUUCUGUUUGUUCGUUGGCUGUACAGGCUGUUUACAUAUUUUUGUACUCAAGUGUAGUUUUAUAUUAAAAACAGGGAAAAAGAAAAAAUUGAUUUGAGAAAAAAAUAUUAAGGUACAUAAUCUUUGUAACACUUUCAAAACUAGGGUACCUAAAGAGAUGACUCCACAGCUAUGUACUUAUAAUACUGUAUAUUUGCCUUCCUUUUUAGUCAGUUUUAUUUUGGGGUUGUAAUUUUUCCCCCUAAAAUGUAUAUCUUUUUAUGAGACUGGAAACUUUUAAUGCAAAUGUUAGAAAGGUUUAAAAUUGUAAAGUUAAAAAGUCAUAAUUUUUUUUUCCUUUUGGAAGAAAAUGCUUUAAAAGAAGUUUUGCUACUGUUGUAUUCCAGGGUUGAGGUCACUGACCUCAAAAUUGCUCCUGAUGCUUCAUUCUUAGACCUUGCUUU